CGGUGGGCGGGAGCUGCCUGGGACCGCGGGCCGGGCGGGCUCUGCGCUGACCCGGCACCUUCCGGCCCCAGCCCCGCCCGGCGCGAUGCUGUUCUCGCUGCGGGAGCUGGUCCAGUGGCUGGGCUUCGCCACCUUCGAGAUCUUCCUGCACCUCCUGGCCCUGCUGCUCUUCUCCGUCCUGCUGGUGCUGAAGGUGGACGGCGGCGGCGGCGGCGGCGCGGGGCUGUCCUGGUGGAAAGUUUUCAUCCCCUUCUUCGCCGCCGACGGCCUGAGCACCUACUUCACCACCAUCGUCUCCGUGCGGCUCUUCCAGGACGGGGAGAAGCGCCUGGCCGUCCUGCGCCUCUUCUGGAUCCUCACCAUCCUGAGCCUCAAGUUCGUCUUUGAGAUGCUUUUGUGUCAGAAACUGGUCGAGCAGACCAGGGAGCUCUGGUACGGACUCAUUAUGUCCCCCGUCUUCAUCCUGCUCCAGCUCCUCAUGAUCCGAGCCUGCAGGGUAAACUGAAGACCCGGGACACUGGGGAUUUGUACCUCCCAUGCUAGUCAGAGGAGCACCGUCCCGCCACUGAAGUAUUAACCCCCCACCGAAGAGUUAAUCGAGCUUUGCUGCUUAGGUUUUGGCAACUUUCUAGUCAUUCUCUUUGGCCAUAUAAGUCUGAGGUGUGAGAAGAAGCUUUUGUACUUUAUUAAAUUAUUACAUAAUUUUGGCCCUGUGUUUUCCCAAAGUAUAUAGUUAUGUUGUGUCAUUCAGCUAAGGGGCAUUUCACACCUUGUUGUUCAUGUUAAAAUGUCAUGAAAUGCAAACAUAACCUGCUCAUGUCACUUGUUUUGUAAUAAAAAUGUAUAGGUGAUAUUUAGUAGUUUCCUUUAUAAGCUCUCUUCUUUAGAAAGCCAGUGGUCAUAAGCUUUGCCUUGGAAUGUGUGUUACUCUAGGGCUGACUAUGCCUUGACCAAAAAUUUGGACCAUGUCAAAAAAUAAUUGACUAUCCCUUCCCAUUGGGUUAGUUAAAUCUGCCACAGACUUCUUUGCAAAAGUCAAAAUGACAUAGCCAAAAAGCAAGUGCAGCUGUUGGUGUACCAGUCCCACACAAUCAACUUGUGAAAAACUGUGCUCCAACAUGUAUGCAGGGUUCAUGACCUCAGAUGGGGGGGGAGGGGACACAGUCUUUAUAGAACAAGAACUGAAGCAGUUUCACAGGGGUGUUUUCUGUGUAGCUCAGUGUGUUGAAUGUACGUACCACAAGAAACUGCCAGUACAGAAGAGACUGAAUUGUCAAAUAGCCUGACAUUCUGAAGUGUGGGUUCAUCCCUUAUUCUGCUUUCAGAGUCUCAUGAUUGCAGCCAAUGGGAAUGUUUCCCCCAUUUCAUAGCUACUUCAGUGCCUAGGGUCAGUGGCUAUAGAGUAACUGGCUGUUUUCCUGUUUGCCACAAAUUUGAGAUAGCCCUUUACCGGUUUUUUUUUUUUUGUGUCAUUCGUUUUGUGUACUCCAUUUCUGUUUGGAGGAUGGAUCAUGUUCUCCUCAGCUGUUACGGUGCCUCUUAACUGAUGUUUGAUACUGCACUUUGUGGCUUAGUGACUGUUCCUAUGUGCAACUGCCGUGUCUUGGAGACUGUAGUCACUCUUCAUAUUUGGGAAUAUAAACCUUGUUUGCAUGUUCCCAAAAUUUUA